ACUGCCUUCGACAAUAAAGAGCCUAACCAUGAUUGGACACGACAAUAAAGAGCCCAACCAUGAUUGGACAGGCAGUGUGUCUCCUGAGAUCACGUGACAUAUGCCUAUAAAGAGCCUAAUCCCGGGCCACACUUUAGGGUCGGUCGUAGGAUUUCACGCGUAGUCGCUCGGCCGGAGCUCCUUGAUCGCUCAAACCAGGAACGCUGCGUGGCCCUCCGUUCAUUGUCGACAGACAUGGCGAAACCGCUUUUGUGUCAACCCAGCCAUAAAAAGAAGAUGUCAAGUGACUGAUAGGGCCAGCAUAGGAUUCACGGAAGUUAGUUUCACCUCCAGAAGGAUAACUCCUCUUCAUUUUUUCAACCAGACAUGAUGGGAAGUCACAUACAUAAGAACGGGUGUAAUUCACAUGAUGUCAUACCCUCUUCAGGGUUUGUAUCCCUCUGUGAAACUCCAUCGAGUUUAUAUGGACCACCAGGAUCUACUAGGGAAAAAAAAACAUUCCAUUUUCAAAAGGUAUGAAGAUGAUGAAUAAUUUCAACAAGGCAAUAUGUUGUCUUGCUAAAUGUAUACAUAUUUCGAACGGCACAAAUGCAAUUAACAUUUCUAGAUGAGGUGGGAAUGGAAGCGAAGUAACGCUAAUAAUUCCAGCAACCUACCUGUAUGGAAAGCCUAUCCGGUGUGUUUGUGUCCGAUACAGAUUCAUUUUUUGCUUCGAUACAAAUGGAAUCUUCUGAAUUGUACCGCCUUCUUGGGAGACUAACGGUGUACACUUGCUUGGGAAACUAACAGGUCCAAGGCACGGAUACUCGUUAGCCAGUUUGGGUUGAUUAUUGUCUGAAAACACAGGACACAGAUUAAUGGACAAAAGAAAUGUGUCGUCGUUGCAAGAAUAAUCCAAUCAUCUUUCUUCAUCCGCGAAACCGUCAAACCCAUCUAAGAACACUCCCAGACACAAAAAAGGAGAACUGUGUCAAAUUUUGUCAAAAUCUGCAUAGGCAAAAAACAUGCGAACCAAAGGCGUAGGUUUGGAUAGGAACGGUAGGGACAUAACACUAGCAACUUUUCAGAAUGCUCAAAUUGUCCCCACCAAUUUUUAAGCAACCUUAUUUAGAGUAUAUUCAGUUCAGUUAUAAGUUAUAUAGAUUGUCUUCCCAUAUUUUGUAAUGUUAGGAUUUACCCUACCAUUGUUAAGUGAAUUAUUUUCAUUAUGUUCGGACUAACAUUUGCCCCUUUUUAAUUGCUGGAUGUACCAGUCCAUUUCCCCUCCUCAAACGCACCUUUGAUUGGCUGAUGACUUGCAUCCAUUUAAAAUGUAUUUGUAUAUUUUAUUCAUUUUAUUUGUGUUAUACCCUGACCCUGAUUCAUUUAUUUAGACAGUCAAAGACAAAUGUUUAUAUAUUUUUUUGCAUUCCAGGAUGGUUCGAGAUAAUGAGCAAGUUUGUAUUUAUCAUUUAUGUUAUUAUAAUGUCAGUUAUGUUCAAAUAUUGCAAUUUAAAUUUGCUAAUAAAAUCAUUUUUGGAAAUUUUCAUAAUGUUUCUAUAGUAAUUUUGAAAACAAAGGUUUUAAUGGAACACUGCAUCACCUGAACCAACACAUAUGAACGUUAGUAUGAGUCAAUACAGAUUAAUUUUCUUUUGAUCAUUUAGCCUAUCAAUUUAUUUGGUUCAUCUUCAUGAGAAAUGUAGCCCUUUCCCCCGUCGACCCAAUCUGUUUGGUCUUAUUAAUGUCCCGUCCCCAGCAAAUGUGUACAUGCAGGUUAAGCUGUUAUAUCGUCCCUACCAACGUUGAGACCAAACUUAGGCCCUUGAUGCAAACACCCACACACACUCAUACACACUCACACAGUUCCAUUUAUAUAUAUGUAGUGUAAGUAUAGAUUCAUUUGACUUUAGUUUUAUUAUGUAUUGCACAUUAUAUGCACAAAAUACAUGUGUGGCCACUAUUUGUCCAGUGAUUAGCCUGUGUAAAAAUAAUUUGACUGCAAAAAAUGACAAGAACUAUGAUCUCUGUAAAGUGUGAUAUCGCCUAUCCCUACCUCCCAGUCAAAAUUAAUUGGUCAACUAGUGACGUCAAUGGCAGCCCACGAGUCGUCUGCUACUUUUUCAAACUGUCCAAUGACUCGUGUGCAUACUUUGUAUGUUCAACCAAGGGCAUAGGUUUGCAUAGGGACAAAACACUAGCAACUUUUCAGGAUGCUCAAAUUGUCCCCACCAACUUUGAAGCAACCUUAUUUGCAUAAUAUAAUGUGUUCAGUUAUAUAAUAAUGUGUUCAGUUAUAUAGGUCAUUUAGAUUGUCAUCCCAUAUGUUGCACGGUAGAAUUGACCCUACCAUUAUUAAGUGAAUUAUUUUCAUCUCUUUCAGAAUUACAUUUACCCCUUUUUCACUUUCUGAAUGAGCCAGUCCAGGUUUUUUCCUCAAACACAUGUUUUAUUGGCUGAUGACUUCACUCCAUCCUUAUGCACUCUCUCUCACAGUACAGAAUUACGUGACAUGCCUUCUCCGCCUGCUUCGAAGAGGAGGGAUAUUAGAAGCUUUUUUUUCCGGCCAGCAGUUACUGUAAGUAAUGUCAAAAGUGAAAAGUUGGGAAAGGCAGCACUAAUUUUGCUAAUUAAAGUGCGACCUGCAUCACAGUUUAGCAUUAACAUUACAUUAAACUGUGUGAACUUUCCAACCUGAGUAGGGAGAAGCAGUGUUCUCCUGUAUGUGUAUUUUACUAUGUUAACAAUUAAACUGAGAAAUGUAGUGAACCUCUGCUCAGCUGUAAGGAAUGUAGUGGACCAAGGUUUACCACCUUCUUCCCAGUUUUCAUUUUUACUUUGCUUACAUGGUCUUAAAGCAGCCCAAAUGAGCUUGCUUGCUUUUUUUUUGUUGAAUUUGGCUGCGCUUGUGGACAAAAGGAGUCGUGUUUUUCCUGAAGGAAGCCUCCAUUUUUAUUUAUUUUUGUUAUUCCCGGACUAAAAAGUUAUUUUGUUAUAUUUUAUUUAUUUAGACGGACAAUUUUGAGUGGUAUUAAAACAAAUGUUUAUGUUUUGCAUUCCUGGAUAGUUAAAACAUGAUUAACAAUUUUGUGUUUCUUUGAAUGUUAAUACACAAAUUUGUGUUCAAAUAUUGCAAUAUCAAUUUGCUGAUAAAAUAGAAUAAAGUCGUUUUAGAAAAGGUUUGAAUCAGUGUCAAUCUACUAGGAAUAAGUGAAAUUAUCUGCCAGAGCUUCAAUUUUACUCGAAUUCUUGAAAUAAGGAAAAAUAGCUAGCUGAAAAUAAGCUCAACAGACUUAUUUUAGGCAAAAAGCUUCUAGAUUAAAAAAACAACAAAAACAACCUAGUUUGUGAGAAACGUUGUUAAUUCAAGAAUAGGUAUUGUUCAAAACAUUAAAAAAAAAAUCUUGAUUUGAGUGAAAACUAGGUUUUUUGGAGUUAAUGAGAACAAAUGGUAAUAUUUACUAAACGUAAGUGGAACAAUCUGACACAUUCAUCUGCUAACUAGCCUUUAAAACUCAAAAACAGAAAAUGAUUCGACUAGAUUUAAGAAACAUCAGAUUAACACGUUAUACUAUAAAUUUACCGUGUGAAAAUUAGUAUAAAUCAAUACAGAUUUAUUUUUGCAUUUAUCAUUUAGCUUAUCAAUUAAUUAGGUUCUUAUUGGUGAGAAAUGGAGCCCUGACCGCCUUUCACACGGUCUGUUUGGUCUUAUUAUGUCCCGUUCCCAGCGAAAAGUGUACAUCUAAAUUAUGCUGUUAUAUCGUCCCUACCAACGCUGAAACCAAACCUGCGCCCUUGUGUUCAACCAAGUAUUUUAUUCAAAAAAUAAACUGCUAACAAGGAAAUGCACGGGGCAGCGCCAGUGGCGUGAGUCAACCUUCUGAAGACAACAGGAAGUUGUGUAACUGCUAACGAAACCGUUUCUCUCAUAAUAAAAAAAAAAAAAAAAAAGUCGAAAAGGAAAGGAAUAUUCAAGCACAUGAUCGUAAUCACGCAUGACAAAAGGCUACCUGACCAAAGGAGCAACCUGUGGGCAAACUUUGGAACUAGCGACUCGCGCCUGAAAGAGAAAACUUACCCUGUCAGCCUUGUCGCGACGUUUCUUCCAGAGCGUGUGAGUGAAGACUAUCUCAACUAGUCGACGGCACGCCGCACCUUGUGUGUGUUGCGUUCAAGGGAGGGGAAGGGAGUCGAAUUUAUCCAACACGGAUAGUACCAGUUCUUGUCUGCUUGCCUUAAUCCUUCAUUAGUAAUGCUGUAAGGAAGUGCGCCGACGCCGCCGAGCCUUGGAAGUGCGUGUCAAGUCAUGAGGGGAAGUUUCCGCGAAGUGCUUGCUUCAUUUAGGGGAGGUUCCGAAAACGAUGACGCCCGAAGCCUCUCUGCCCAGCUGUACCACGUGAUUGCCUCAGUCAGCGCUUUCGAUUUGUCAGCCCGCUACAGGAUAUCAAGGGCGUAGGUUUGGUCUCAACCAGUGGCGUCGUUAGGGGUGUUUGAGGUUGGCUUCAGCCCCCCUAAAAUAUUCUUCGGCCCCCCUAAAUAAUUUGGUGGUGUUUUAUUUAAAAAAAAAAAAAAAAAAAAAAAGUUAAAUGCUGACAUAUUCACUAUGUAGUUGCCGGAAUAUUAGUUUAAAUCAUUAAUCAUGUAAUCUGUUAUUAUUAACUUGAGGUGCCUGUGACACGUAAAAGCAUGUUUAUUUCAUAAUAUUUUAUGCUCCUGAAUGAUAUGGACCGCUUGGAUGUGUGUGGAAGCGAUCGCUAUAUUUAUUUAGUUUUUUGAAUCCCGCACCAUGAAAAUGAGUGACUUCCGGCUUCGGUCUUGCAUUGAGGAGGAGGGCGCUGUGACAUGUACGGGUGAAGGCGUCCUCUUCACCAAACAGCCGUACUGUUGUGUAUGAGGACUAAAGAUUCAGCUGAUUUUGCGGAUUAAUACGUUUUUUUUUCGCACCAUGCCAGCAUACCUGUUAAGUUGUAGAAAUUGCAAAUAGGGGGAUUUCUGUUUGCCAACCCCGAUGACGCGCGCGACAAUCGCUAAGACAAAAUGCAACCAUUUUUUUUCAAGUUCAUUUUGAUCACAACACUUGUGUAAAAAUUAACUACACUGUCAAAGAACCUCUUUGUGGCGGCAUCAGAGAUGUGAUACUGCUAUGUUGCCUGUGUCAUGCCACUUCUCCUUGUUCCUGUAAUCAACAUCUAGGAUAUCCUCAGCUUUCCUGAUCACAUCCAUUUGCACAAAUUUGGACAUCAGCUUCCUCAGCAGCCUCUUCAUCUCAUCAACCAUCACUCCAAUUAGGGUUUCGUCAGACUAAAUCAGCAACAUUAAUUACAUCAUUUAGAAAAUUAAUCAUAUUUGUUUUUAAAAGUAUCUUUGUCAUGGCAGUUUUUUAAUUGAAUUGUAACCUAGAAUUGAAACUUUAUAUUUUUUGUUUCAGCACAGUAAUAAUGAUAUAAUGUAAUAAAGUGUAUAGUAUACACUUUAGCUUUAGCAUAAUAGCGAAUCUAAAUGAUUAAACUUCAAGUAAGUAACGAUACGCUUUCUCACUUAAAUUCAUAUAUUGUGGGGGUAGGACCGCAGUGGUUUAAUAUUCCAUGAUGUUUGAUCCACGAAAACACAGAGUAAAGCAGCGACUUCUUCCUCGUCAUCGUUCUCCCAUCAUUAGCUCUAAUGCUAUUAGCAUUAUGCCUACUGCCCCGAGUUAGCUGGGAUAGGCUCCAGCACCUCCGCGACCCUCGUGAGGAAUAAGCGGCAUGGAAAAUGAAUGAAUGAAUGAAUGCUAUUAGCAUUAGGCUAGUUAGCUAUCGCUGGCAGGUAAGACUUACGGCAAUUACGUUGACGAACGUCGUUUUUCCCGAAUACUGGAGGCCGACCAGGGUCAGCUCCAUCUCUUCCUUCCAAAAUAAAGACUUGAAUCAGUCUAAAAGCCGGUUUAUUAGUGCCAGCAUCUUGGGAAGUCGGAGGUGCUUCGUCUCUUCCCUCCCUGUCAGAUGUUUGGUUGGGCUAUUCCAGCUCUGAAGGGCAGGGAGGGCAGGGAAGUCGGAGACGGCCAGGCUAUUCGUUGUUGGUCACUUUCCGAAUCGGGCCGAAUGGUAUCGUUACAAAACGGUGACAAACAAAAACGUUUAAAAAAAAAAAAAAAUUGACAUUUUUGGAAAAUCGGGAGAUUUGGCUUUCUAAUUGUGAGGCGUGAGCAUUGGGGUCAAAAUCGGGAGUCUCCCGACCAAAUCGUGAAACUUAACAGGUCUGCGCCAGUUGAACGGCUGCAGAAAAAUCUUGCUGUAUGAGGGAGAGGCGUGUGCGCCUUUUUGGAGUUGGCCAAAACAAGCCCUACUACUGUGGGACCAUUGGACUUACGAGGAAGUGAGUAAACGUCUUGUUUUGUAUUAUGUCAAAUACGAAUACAGCGAUUACAAAGUAAACACCACAAACUUUAUUUAAAUAAAGGACUACUUACGUUUGAUCAUUGAUAGGCAUGUAAAAAGCUCACCUCAUGCACAUUACCAGCACGUUAGCUGCACAACUGCAGCCACCCUCCUCCGGGGAACGAACUGUAAAUUGCUCUCCGACGGGCGGUUUGCCGAUCCACGAAGACAGUCGACAACCCAGUCGUCAUGUCAAAUAAUCCAGAUUAGUUAUGUGUGAUUUUCCGCUUCGAAGACUUUGAAACAUCACUCGGUUCGGGUUAGCAUGUCGGCUAGCUGUCACACCUCUUGCCUUGUUUACAUUCUCCGAAGCCGGGGAAGGGAAAUGACAUAAGCCCGAUUUAGUUGUCAUAAAAUAUCGUUCGGGAGGUGCGACAGUAAAGGUGAAGUCGACAGUUUUGACCAUUAUGGAGUAAUUUUGCCAUGUCGUCCUGAAUAAGGGCAUUUUUAUUAUUUCAUAUUCCAUUUCGCACAAGACUGUUAUUUGUCAUGACCAUGCCAUGUAUUUAACAAUUGGGGAAAAAUACUUGGGUAAAAAGAAUAUCCUGUAAAAAUAUUGAAGUAGAGAGACUGAAACAAUGACAUUUUGUGGCUCUCUUCAUCGCGUUUUCCUUGUUGUGGAUAAUUCCCCCUCAAUGGGCUGCAUACUAAAGCAGAUGAAAUCGUGACUCCGCUGACGUCAUCCACCAGUUGGAGACGCUAGAGCCCUAUAACGGUAGGCAUGGCUAACCGGCAGAUUAAAAGACUAAUUUCUCGUCAUCUGCGCUUUGCUAAAUUGUUGUAUAUGGUCGAAUCGUCUCAAAAUAUGAUUCUAAUUCAUAUAAUAAUCUUAUUUAAGACUUUUUUUUUCUCCUGUCAUACACACUUUAAUCCUUCAUUAGUAAUGCUGUAAGGAGCUGCGCCGAGCCUUCGAAGUGCGUGUCAAGUCAUGAAGGGAAGUUUCUGCGAAGUGCUUGCUUUAUUUAGGGGAGGUUCCUAAAACGAUGACGUCCGAAGCCCCGCUGUACCACUUGAUUGCCUCAGUGAGCGCUUUCGGUUUGACAGCUCGCUACAGGAUAUCAAGGGCGUAGGUUUUCCUUGCCGACAUGGAGGGUCUAAGGAUGGGGGAUACCCAGGACUUGAACUUUAUUUAUUCAUCUUUGUUGCCUCAUUUACUGUUUCUGAUUGUGUAUCAUAUUGCCUCUGCAAAAGCCUUUGAGACAACGUUGUUGUGAUCCAGGGCUAUACAAAUAAAAUUGAAUUGAAUUGAAUUACUGAUUAUGCCUCAAAAAAGUAAUCUAGUUAUUUUAGUAAUUACUUCAGCAUCAAAGUAACAAAGUAACCAAGGGCACUUUGACAGUGGGCAGUCGUAGCCGGGAAUCCAACCACUGACCCUUCGGUCCAAGGACAACUCCAGCUAGCAACUGCGCCACGGCCGGCCGAACAAAAUAAUGUCAUCGCAUGGAACUGAUUUACCGAUAUGUGAAUUUAAAGUGGGAGAUCAGAUUUUUUUGACGUAAGGCUUAAUCUUUGAGUUUGCGGAGGUUUAAUUAAUCGAUGGAGUUGAUUUCACCACCAUUGAUUUGCGCUAGUUUAGCCACUCCGGAGCCCUGAAACUAACAAAUUACUGACCAACUGCAUGGAUUUGUUGAAAUCAACUCCACCGACUAAUUCAACCGACGCCAACUGGAAGAUUAAGCCUUAUCUAAGAAUUUCGGGUUUAGGGUUAUCAGCAUAUCAGUGCCAAUGUAAAACAAUGCAAACUGACUGCAAAAUAAUCAACUACACACAUAUGAAUUGCACAGUCCAAUAAACACAAAGAUGGGGGCGGGAGCGGAUGCGCGUGCACAACCCGGAAGUAGGCCGUAAACACACGCAGUCAAUGUGGACACAAAACAUGGCGGCAACUGAGCACUUUACACUCAAUCGGACUGACAACAAAUCCCAAAGAUGCAAAACAAACACGUCACCUCACGGCAUAAAUGUGCAACAUGAAUAUCAUGCAAACAAUGCUUGCCAACUUGGUGCGAUGACUGCCAGUCGUUGCAACGAAAGCUACGGAACGGCCGCGCAUUAAGGGGGUCCAAACUAUCGCUGAUACCCUCGAGAAUGAAGGAAAAAUACUCACAUUCAUUCGUGGAUGUACACAGAUCAACAUUCCCUCGCACAUCUCAACACACGGCGCAAAUGUGCAGCCGCACUGGCAGCCUGGCCCGCGCCCAGUGUUGGGAAAGUUCAUUUUCUACAUGAACUAGUUCAAAUUGCAGUUCACAAAUUUUAAAAUGAACUGUUCACUUCAUAGUUCAUAAUUCAAAAUUUUGAACUAAAGUUCAUGGUUCCAAAAAAUGAACUUUUGUAGUUCAGUUCUUUUUGUUCGCCAAAAAUUGUUGCAAGCUAUUAUUGGCAGUGUCCAUAUAGAACCACAGACAGUAAUUCAUGUAUCCUUUUAAACACUGAAACUAUGUGUUAGAUUCAUCUUCAUAUUCAAUUUCAAAUCCUUGUCCAACCAGGGUUUACACUAUUACACUACACAUAUGUUUUCUUUAAAUUUCCUGUUUAGCAGUAUCUGGACUUUUUUUCUGGUCGGCACCUUCGGGAUGGCUGCAACCCUUUAAUUUGGUUUAUGAAAGCUGGCCUUUCCACUUUACUCAAAGGCUGUAGGUCUCCCACAAUAUACUGCAGAACUAGAUUGUCUAGCUGUGGCUGGGAGAGACAGAAAACGGGGCCACUCUGGUAUGCUGCUAGCGGUAUUUGGGUGGCAGAGGUACUGCUCUGGCCAACCGUUGCCGUCUCUUUCUUAAUCGCACAUGCUCGCAGUCGCAGAUACCUAGCAAGGCUUGUCGCAUGCUUUAUUUCGAUGAGCCUUUUAAGGUUGGCUAAAGACGUUACCGACGUACGGACGGUCUUCUUCAAUCCAGGUGGACAAAGUUUACAAGUAAACGUUAUGUUUUUGCCAUCCGGGUCGGUACUGACUUUUUCGUAAAUCUCUUUUAAAUGCUGGUACUGUGUAGGAAGUUGCUCUGAGCGGGCCGGGUUUCGAGAGCUGCCAGCUUCUGUGUCCAUGAUGCCGUUGUUGUGAUGACGUAUUUGCUUAAACAAUACGGCCGUGACAGGCUGCUUGGGUUGCCAGGUUGGAUAAUUUUUUCGCUAUUAAGGUUCAUUUUUUUAUUCUGUGUUUUUAGCCUAUGGCUUUAUAUGCAGUUUUGUCGGUAAGGCUCUAAAUGUGAUGAACUAAUGAACGAAGUUAUGAGCACCGCUCACAACCGCUAGAAUGAGCGCGUUCACAGUAACGUUCAUGAGACGGAAAUAUGAUGAGUUCAAUUCACGUUCGCCCAAAAUAUGAACGUGUUCAUGAACGAUCGUUCAUUGAACGCGUUCACGCACAACACUGCCCGCGCCUUUCUCAGUCCCGACUCCCAAAACAAUUAGCGCGUGCGACUCGAGACCAAAACAGGAAGCCGUUAGAGCGGUUACCAUGGAAGCACAUACCGGGGACGUUUGGAGCAUUUUCUAUUCAAAAUGCUUUUUAGACAUGACUACAAUUUUCUUCAUUCUACAUGCAUUGUGCGGCAAUAACAAAAUAGUAACGCACAGACACUAAGGAAACUAACUUGAAUCAGAUUACUGGUUUAGAAAAAUGAACGCGUUUGAUUACUCGUUACUGAAAAAAAGUAAUCAGUAACGCGUUACUUACUAAGGCGUUACUGAUAACAGUAGAGCCCCUUCAGUGCUUCGCUGUCCAAUCCACUUGUUCAAAUAAAGAACGCCCACAUCUCUGAAAAUCCAGUUCGCAUUUUCCUGUGACCUAACUAGCAGUAGGUACUACCUUUUUAUUUUUUCCGCAGUUGAUCUCUGCGCACGUCUUUUACCUUUGGUGUUUUCCGAUCAAAAGUCACAUCCCAGCUGUAAAAUAACGCUGAUACUUAGCUGCUGCUGCUCGCUAGUUAGUCUAAAAUGCUAGUAGAGUUAAGUGUGCACUCUUGUUACCACUAUCUUUGGGGUGACUUCCUUCGGGAGAAUCAGCUUUGUUUCUCACUUUACGCAGAUUAGUACAGGAGCUGAGCUCAUUCACGUAUGAUUAUCAUCAGUGGAUAGUCAUAAUUAUACACUAAUAAUAAUCACUCCACUACCUAUAUUGCACUCCAGCAGUCAGAGCAGAGGAAUAAAAGGUGAGUAGGAGAGUAAUGAUUAGAAAGUAGAGAAAGCCAAGACGAUGAUUAUAUACAGCAUUAAUACCCCCCAACUCUCGGACAACUUUUUUACAUACAGGUUGUGGCGUCCAGGUGGGUAUAACUAAUUGAAAAUAAUGUAGCCUAAUGUUUUUCUGCUGAGUGUGUAUGAUCACGUGACAGAUUUGUAGAUCCUACAAUAUGUGCUCGUCUGUCAUUGUUCAUUGUAAAUCUUAUCUUCCUUAUUUUUGGAGUGAAACUUUUGAAUUUUACAUACGAAAAUAUUGAGUUAACGUCGACUAAAACUAGAUGAAAUUAGUAUGAGUUUUCGUCAACAAAAACUUGACGAAGACAAACACAUUUUGAAAUGACUAAAUUAUGACUAAGACUAAUCAGUAUUAUCGUCCAAAAGACGAAAACUAAGACUAAAAUUAAAAUGGCUGCCAAAAACAACACUGCUCUGGUGACUUGAAGUUCUGCUCUGAGACCCCCUAUUUGGCCACAUUUCAAAAUGGGCCGGACAAAAGUAUUGGAACCCUCAGCCUAAUACUUGGUAGCACAACCUUUAGGCAAAAUAACUGUGAACAACCGCUUUCGGUAUCCAUCAAUGAGAUUCUCACAAUGCUCUGCUGGAAUUUUAGAUUUUUGGAGCCAACUGCUCCAUGUCUCUGAGAUUUGAAGGGUGCCUUCUCCAAACUGCCAUUUUCAGAUCUCUUCACGGGUGUUCUAUGGGAUUCAGGUCUGGAGUCAUUGCUGGCCACUUUAGAAGUCUCCAGUCCUUUCUCUCAAACCAUUUUCUAGUGCUUUUUGAAGUGUGGUUUCAGGAACGCCACUGGCAGCCAGAGGGUGACAUGUGGCCCCUGUUUCAGAAAAGUCCCAGAAAUGCCACUAGCUCAGAAUACCCAUGUAAGGUCAUGUGCUCCAUUGUUUGACUUCUCUUCAAAGGAAAGAACUGUAAAAAAAACAGGAAAUCCACUCCUCUCGGGGGAAACGCUAUCAUAGCGACUCUACACUCUGUCACUGUUUCCUCCAACUGCAGUUUGUAAUAAAGAAAUCUCAUCAUUGUACCCAGAUUUUCGAUGUCUUGGUUUCGCUGGAUCAUACCGAGGGCAACAUUAUAAAUCAUGUCUCAAAAUAUAAUAAAUUCAGACGGUAAAAAUAUACUCGACGCCCCUGAGCUUUUACUUCCUAUGCAUGCAUGUGUACGCAAACAUGCGCACAGUGGUGUGGGUGUGUCCUAACAAUGCAGGGUCAUUCGAGGACGCAGCGUUUUUUUCUUUUUUGCAAAGAACGCACACGGUGAAGAGACGAUGACAAGGACGAGACGAGAAACUCGCGUAAGUAACUUCUUCUGUCAGUCGGUCACUUCCUGGGUUGGUUGUUAAGCUAUUAUUUCAUGCGAUCUUAGUUUAGUUCGAUUAGUCAGAUGUUGGUCAGCUUUUGCUAGUCGAUCAAUUGUACCAUUGGUAAGGUAGUUGAUUCAGUAUCUCACCAGAUACCAAGUCAUCUAAACAUGCUAGUUUCGUUAUGAGUCGUAAUGGACUGCGAUAGUAAAACAAUAGACUUUAGGGUCAAGGUCUUCAGGGUCUGCUAUUGCUUUAAUUCAUGUAAAUAAAACAAUUUUACGGAUUCAUAUAGAUAUAAUUACACUAAAAUACACUUAAAAUAGAAAUUGUGUGUAAUUUUUAAAACAUACUUUUUUUUAAAUUGACUUUUUACAUUUACUUUUUGACGCUUCAAAAUGUAUGCUCAAAGUUAGUUCAGGCUUACAUUCUCUGAGCGUAUACUUUAGAAGGGUACAAUGUAAUAUCAAGUUUGAGGGUUAUAUGCCAGUCUAAUGAUGAAGUUAAUUACAUUUGUACUUCAGGGCAUUAUUUUGGAAACUUUUCAGUAAUCUACAGUUCUCAGAAUAGUCAAAGUAGAAAUGUAAGGAUAAAAUAUACUAAAAUAAUAUCAGUAAGCAUAUGAUUACAGCUGCAGAACUACAGUAAAAAUAUAACGCUUACAUAUUUUAAAGCCACCAACAAUUCAUUUUUAAUAUACACAUAACAAACUACACUUUAGUUUUGCUAGUUAAGCAGGUAUUAGUACAUACAGUAUAUAGACAAGUUUCCUGGGCGAAAUAUGGGCGCCGCUAUCUUGGAAAAUUACUGCUUCAAACUUCCGGUUUAGAAAAAACCUCAUGAGUUGCGCUUUCAGUUAGCAGUGUGUUGACGAAGGUAAAACUGCAAAAUCAAGCCAGAGGAAACCACGGAAUCUCAAAAAAAAAAAAACACGGAUUCAGGGUGACGUAGAUAAGAUUGUAUGAUUUUUCUUAUCUUUUGGUUUAUUGUUCAUGGACAAAAUUAUGACAACCUGUCAGCCUCUAUUGACGUGAGGUAUAGAUUGAUACGCCGGCCACUUGAGUGACCAAAAUCAGGUGAAAUUACAAAUUACAUUAAAUUUGCCAAAUGCAGAAGGGCUGACACGGACUUUGUUGCUACAAGGAAAUACUAGAAGGUAUGUACAUAGUAUAAACAAAAAUACUAUUUCAUUAUUUUUCUCUUGCAGAUAUUGAUCGCAAUAAAACAUCUGGACUAGGGCUGCAGCUAUCGAAUAUUUUAGUAAUCGAGUAAUCGACUGAAAAUUCUAUCGAUUAAUCGAGUAAUCGGAUAAAACAAAUAUAUUUUUAGGUGAAGAGCAAUUAUAAAUAUACAUGAGAAAACAAGACAUUUCAUCUAAUCUUGAACCAUUUUCAGUCAAUCAAUGUCUUUAUUUUCGAUGUAUAUUGUAGCUAGAAUAAAAAAAAAAAGACUAAUUCACUGCUUUCACUCAAAAAACUUUUAGAUCUUAUUUAAAAAAAAAUAUAUAUAUAUAUAUAUAUAUAUUACCUAAAAAUGCCGUUACGCUUGAUAACACACAUCACUUAAAAGUUAGGAUUUUUUCCCACGUGUUUCAAUUGAAUUUCUCUUUGUGUCAAGCCAUUUUUAAGUUCUAGUUAAGUUUUAAGUUAGUCUAAACUGUAAGUCCUGAUAGAAUUUUGAGUUUUUGCAGUGUUCAAAAUAAAUUUAUGAUACAGGCUGUACUGGGGCACAUUAGGGACCAGUGCUACUUGGUGUUUUAUCCAGCAAUGACUACAGAGCUAAAAUUGAUAGUUAGCGUGAUUAAGUUUUUAUUUUACACCCUCAUCACUCCACAAUGCUAUGUUAUGUUAAAGCCUGUAUGUAAGACACGUUAGCCACGCAACGACAGUGGUCAUAAUUAAUUGAAACCUAGUCCUCCGCAGGGCUAACUUUACGUGAGCUAGUAGUGACAGUAACGUUAAUCUUAUUUAUUAGCGCUUAGCGCUGUACUGCUUUAAGAUGGCGGCUGUUUAAUAACGCUGCCCAGACGCGGCCGAGUCUGUCAUUGCGCAUCUAGUUCAACAUACAUGUGAUCUUUAGGAGACGCAUCAGACGCUAGCUGUUACCAAUGUAGCAUCGUGCGGGCUAGUAUUUGGCAACGUCGGCGUCGUCUGUGGCGGCUGUCAGCUGCAGUAAGUUUUUUUUUUUCCCUUCUUCCUCUCCGCACGUGACAGCGCGUUGUCCCGCAUUAAAAGUAGUCUGAGCAAAACGUGAUGCUUAGAGCUGUCAAAAUAAACGAUUACUCGAGGUGAAUAAAAUUACUCGGAUCAGUUUUGAAACUCGAGUUACUCGAGUUGCUCGAGUACUCGUUUCAGCUCUAAUCUGGACAACAUGAUUCCAUUUCUUGUUUUCUUUAAAACAAUUGGUGCAUGUGCAGAACAGGUCAAUAAAUCAUAAUUUAUUAAAUGAUCGGAAAAAUAGCAUACAAGAAUGUGAUAUCAGACAGCCUCGCCAAACUUUGACCCGACAUUACGGACUCCAAACAGGCUUCCUCCCGCUGUCCUUGGUAAUUCCAGCUCCAAUAGCGUAUCUAAAGUUAAAAAGCUCGUCGUUGGAUCUCGGGAUCGAGCAGAGGGUCCGCCGCGAGGCGAGCCUCCAACCCCCGCCUCUCGACCGCCCACGGGUAGAACAACGAAGUCUCGAUAUAUGUCCAUCAAUGCAUAAUACCUGAUCGACGGUCACCUUCCUCCGUGUAUAUAAGUCUUCAAGAUGGCUCUAGACAGCAGACGGAAGGAGCUGCUGUUGAAAACGCUGAUGGAUCUGGGGGAGGACGAAUUCGAGUGCUUCAAGUUCUACACGGACCUGCCUAAAAGCCUGCGUGAAAACACCCGCCGUGUGUACAUUGCUGACCAGCUGGUGAUGAAGCACGGCGAUAACACUCUGCAUGAGACCGUCAAGAUUCUGGAGAAGAUCGGGAACAACAAUUUGGCCCAGGACCUGCGCAGCGACAUGCUGAAAAUAAAAGGCGCCGACUUCUCCGUCAACGAUGACGAUCAGAUUGCCAGAUUGAAGAGGGAGCUCCAAGACAACCUGCGGCGUUUAUACAGCUUUGCUUCCGAGGGCACCACCCAGCGCUGGCAGCAGCAGCCUCUGGCGGAAGUCUACACAGAGCUGGACGUCACCUCCGGGGCAGACGUCAGCCCAGACGGGCGGCACGAGGUCCUUCAAGUGGAGACGUGUGCCGCCGAGGCCAAGGUGUCUAUCCUGCCGUGCGACAUCUUCAAAAACCAUGACGGGAAGGCUCGCCCGAUACGCACGCUGCUCACCUUUGGCUUCGCGGGAAUUGGGAAAACCUUCCUGAUUCAAAAGUUUGUGUCGGACUGGGCCAAUGGUAGUACUAACCAGGAUGUGGACUUCAUAUUUCCUUUCACCUUCAGCGAGUUAAACAUGGAGAAAGGGGAGAGCUUUACGUUGGCUAAGCUGAUCCAAACUUUUGUCUGCGGAGACAGGCACAUGAGCGAGACACUGAACAAUAUAUUUGUCAACCUGCAAACUUCUGGGAAGCGGGACUUUGAAAGCAGCCGAAUCAAGAUCUUGUUUAUCCUCGACGGACUGGAUGAGUGCAACUUCAAAAUUGACUUGAAGAAAGUGAGGAAAGUGGACAUGGACGUGAGGGAAAGCUACCCGCUGGAGGUACUGCUGGCAUAUCUCAUCAAAGGGAACUUGCUUCCCUGCGCCCGGGUUUGGAUUACAACGCGGCCCGGGGCAGCCCACGAUAUCCCUUCCGACCUCAUAGACAGCCGAACAGAGGUUAGAGGAUUCAGCGAUUCCCGGAAGUUGGAGUACUUCAGGAAAAGGUUCCCAAAUGAGGAGCGCGUCAUUGAGCACAUUUGGAAAUCUCCCACCAUCGUCAUCAUGUGCCACAUUCCCAUCUUCUGCUGGCUCACCGCCAUAGUUCUUAAGGGUACUUUGGCCAAAGGGAAGAAGGGAGAGCUUCCCACAACGCUGACUUACAUGUACUCAGCGCUUAUAGGUCACCUCCUAGAAAACUCCAAGGAGACAAAUACAACGGAGUACGUUUGUGGCGUGAAAGCGCUAGCAAAGCUGGCCUUUGACCACACCAUGAAUCAGCGUCAGAUCUUCUAUGAAAAGGACCUAGAGGACAGCGGUUUUGAUUACAGCCAAGCCGCUAAAUACUCCGGUUUGUUCACCGAGGUGUUAAGGGAGGUCCAUCCGCUCAGAAGCAACAAAAAAAAGAUGUUUCAGUUUAUCCACCUGACCAUCCAGGAGUAUCUGGCCGCACUGUACGUGAUGAUGAGCCUCUUCCACGACAACAAGAACGUACUGAAUGAUUCCGAAUGGAAAAAAAUAAACCAGAAGGCAAUCACUGAGGUCCAGCAGUCGGCUCUGGAGAAAGCCUCAGAGAGUGAAGGAAACCUGGACAUGUUCCUCCGCUUCCUCCUUGGCCUUUCCUUACCGUGCAACCAGGAACUAGUGGGGGAACUGCUGAAGGCUCCUCAGGACUGCGGGCAAAGCAAGUCAAAGACAGUCGAUUUGAUCACGGAAAGGAUCGAACAGAACACUCCAGAGAAGAAUGUCAACUUAUUCUACUGCCUAAACGAGCUGAAGGACGACUCCUUGCUGAAGCGGAUCCAGAAGGAACUCGAUUCAGGACGACGUCUGUCCUGGUAUCAAAUGUCAAAUGACAUGUGGUCGGCCCUGGCCUUUUUCUUACUUACAGACGACGAAACCAGGAAGUCCUUUCAUCUUUCCAGCUACUCUCCAGGGCCUUCGGGGCUCGAGAAGCUGCUGUUGGUUGUCAAGGCUUCUCAAAAAUCAGAUCUAAGUUUAUGUAACCUAGACAAAGGCAGCUGUCAUCUGCUGGCUUCCGUUCUCAGUUCUCCAUCCAACCUGAGGCAUCUGAAUCUGGGCUUGAACCAUCUGUCGGACGAGGGGGUGGAGAUCCUCUCGAAAGGACUGGCCAGCCAACACUGCAACUUAGAAGUCCUCAACCUGUCCGACUGUGGGAUCACCAGUAAAGGAUGUGUUUCAUUGGCCAAGGCUCUCAAGUUAAACCCCUCCCAUCUUCAAGAGCUGGACCUGAGCUGGAACAAACUGUCGUAUGAAGGGGUUGAGAUCCUCUCGGAAGGACUGGACAGCCCACUCUACAUCUUAAAAGUCCUCAGUCUAUUUGAUUGUGACCUGGACAUUGGCAGCUGUCACUUGUUGGCUACUGUUCUCAGUUCUCCAUCCAACCUGAGGCAUCUGGACCUGUACUCCAAUGAUCUAUCGGACAAGGGGGUGGAGAUCCUCUCGAAAGGACUGGCCAGCCAACACUGCAACUUAGAAGUCCUCAACCUGUCCCGAUGUGGGAUCACCAGAAAAGGAUGUGUUUCAUUGGCGGAAGCUCUCAAGUUAAACCCCUCUCAUCUUCAAGAGCUGGACCUGAGAACGAACCAGCUGUCUGACAAGGGGGUCGAGAUCCUAUCGAAAGGACUGGCCAGCAAACACUGCAUCUUAAAAGUCCUCAAGCUGUCCGACUGCGGGAUCACCAGUAAAGGAUGUGUUUCAUUGGCUGAGGCUCUCAAGUUAACCUCCUCCCAUCUUCAAGAGCUGUCCCUGAGCAAGAACGAGCUGUCUGACGAGGGGGUCGAGAUCCUAUCGAAAGGACUGGCCAGCAAACACUGCAUCUUAAAAGUCCUCAAGCUGUCCGACUGCGGGAUCACCAGUAAAGGAUGUGUUUCAUUGGCUGAGGCUCUCAAGUUGAACCCCUCCCAUCUUCAGGACCUGUACCUUUCCAAGAACAAUCUAUCGGACGAGGGGGUUGAGAUCCUCUCGAAAGGACUGGCCAGCCCACACUGCAUCUUAAAAGUUCUGAAGCUGUCAGAGUGCGAGAUCACGAAGAAAGGAUGUGCUUCAUUGGCCGAGGCUCUCAAGUUAAACCCCUCCCAUCUUCAAGAGUUAUUUCUCAUCAACUAUCAAAUAGAGGAAGAAGACGAGAGGGUCUUAUUGAAGAUCAAGAAGGAUCCCAACUAUAGCCUGAAGACUGUCAAAUUUAACAAAUGGGAAUAAGAACGUUUUGUCCUUUGCAUCACGAAGGGCAAGUCAUUCCAAUUAUCCAUUUGUCCUGGGAGGGUCUGUCCAAAAGGAUUGGACUUUGAGCACCAUCAAUGGCAGCCAAUGAGUUCAAUAAGUACCCUUUAAAGGGUUAACUUAAAUUUUUCACAAAUUUAAAAGAAAAUGUCAUAUGUAGACUUGAAAUAGUUUUGCUCAUUUUGACAUCAAUGUUUUAAAUUUGAUCAUUUUCACUUUGUGUAAAAUGUUGUUUUGUAUGACAACAUUAAAGGGGAUGUAGUGCCCUGGGAAAAUUUUGAUAUUCCAUCAUUUAUCCAUAAACGCAUGCCUUUUGUAUUCAUAUCAUGCCACUUCGUGUAAUUACACACAAGAAAAUGAGAGAAAUUUGGCUCGAUUGUCAAGCUAAAACGACCGGCGCCCGAGAUCUGGCAGAUAAUUUCGUUUCUAGUUUCAGCGUCGAAUCCGACGUAGAAGGACAUAACGAAUGUUCAUCUAAUGGUGACGAGGAGAGUUACAAAGCUUUAAUCGGUGUUAUAGGUGACCAAUUUGAGCCCAAACGAACGCCAAUGCAGCGUAAUGAAACGGUCAUUGAGGGGAGCAAUGACACUGAUGAAACAUCGGCAGCAGAUCGUGUGGGAAACACCAAUGAUUUGUUUAGCAUUUCUUUUUGUGAAGCUGAUACACCGUGACUGCAAAAUAAAGGAAUGCAUAGAAUAAUUAUCAUUUAUUGCGCUAUCAUAGCUUUUCGCUCUGCCAACAGACACAAAUAUGAACGGGAUCAGAGGAUUUGUUCUAUAUAUUUUACGAACGAUAAUUUAUACAUGUGUCGAGUCCUGUAUCCAAUGCGUGACAUUUUUUUUUUUUUAAAUUAUAAAAGAGUACUCACUCUGGCCAUUUCGAGCUUGGCUGCUCCCUCCUUUGCUUAGCUUUAGCCUCCUUUAGCAGUCAUCGUCUCUGUCUUGAUAUCUCGGGACAUUUAGGUGGCUGUGCCUGUAUGGUCGGCACCGCAUCUCCUUUGAGCAGCAAUCUUUUAGCAAAACCCGAUUUCUCUUGUCCAUAGUUCGAGAAGCUUUCAGUUGGAAAAUGCGCACCACAGAAAAGCGUGCCGGAGGCUGUGUCUAGAAAAUUAGCCCUCUUUGCACGGACGAACUUUACCCAUUUUCUGUGUAGUCCAGCUUUUUUUUUUCGCGUUCAGGAACUCAUGGAUACUAUAUUCCGAUAAAUAACUAUUUGUACACCACAUAGCACAGCAGUUUUGAACCAUUGUUGUGAUGUUUUGGUCAAACAAACCCUAACGCUACUCUCUCGUCGUUAAAAAACAAUGGCACCUAGCUCCGCCUCGACUUUCAAUCACUUGUCUUGACGUCGCCGCCCCAUUCGGCUGUUUCCGGAACACUUUCGGUAAUGUUCGUCAUUUUCGAUCUAUUUUCGAUCAUUGCUCAUUAAUGUGAUUGAUUUUUUUGUUAACUUUAUCAAUAUUUGUUAUCUUGGCGCAUAACGGUUCUAUUGAUGUCUCACACCCCCUUGCCGCAACAUCCCCUUUAAAACUAGGCUUGCCACCCGUCCCUUGAAAUACGGAAUCGUUCCAUAAUUAGGAAUCAAAAGUUGUGUUCCGUACUGAACUAAUACGGAAUGCUGUUUAUUCCGUAUUUCUCAGUUGUCCCAUGGGGCAACCCCGCGGAUCCAGCGGCGCGGAGGGGCGGGUGGCAGUGCCCUAGCUCAUCCACGUCAGUCUCACACACACACACACACACACACCCGCGCUCACAAGUGAACACUGAACCAACAAUAAUGAACAAAAUAAAGUGCAGGAAAUAUUAAAGAGAGCAAAAUAUGUUAUCUGCCUGUUGUCUGCACUGCGCUCCACUUCCGGGUUUGUUGCCUAGUUACCUCGCUCGCUCUGGUCAGUGUACCGCCCCGCACGUUUUAAAAACAAAUAUGUCUAAACAGCUGACACUCACGACAGCCCACAUCGUCCUCAAAAGAGGAAACAUCUCCAAAAAGAAUAGACUGGAGUGGGAAGGGGGUAACCCGUGGCUCGAUAGUCACUGAUGAUGAUUAUAAACAGGGGUGCACAUAUUUUUUUUGCCCAGGUUCUCAGAGGAGGACCUGGAGAUGUGACUUGGUCCUCAUUGAGCUUGAGAGCCGACCCGCCUGAUGCGAUAAAAUUAUGACAAGCUUUACUUAGAGCCAAUUACCUUUAAUUAAUUAUAUAAACAAUUAACGCUUGAUUAACAUCAACUGGCACAACAAAAUUGCCAUUACUUUGAAGUGAAAUGUAAAGUAAUAAACAUAAAAGCACUAAUUCAAAAUAAAGGGCAUUCAUAUGCGGCUCUCACAUUAACUCCAAGCCUUUGUAAAAGUGGGAUGUCCUCCUCAUAAGAGCUCAUUGAACGUGCAUGUUUAGCUUUGUGAAAUGCGAGCAAAAACACGUUUGUCAGCGCAUGGCGCUGUUCUACAAUAACUUUAUUCCGCCACUUGUCCAUAGGGCGAGUGGGGUCCUGUCUGACAUCGAUAGUUUGAUUAAUUGCCACAUGCUUUGUUUUUUUCGUGCUUUUCAAAGUUUGGAUGGCUAAAAUUCUUUGACCCUACAUAAAAUGCGCUGCUCUUAUUAGCGACAUUGGGAUUCUCACGGCAAAUGUUGCACCACAUUUCCGUGCGAGCAUCAUUUGCUUCUAGCCAUGGUACCUCCUGCAGCCACUUUUCAGCAAAAGUCCUUUUUUUCGGUAGCUCCGGUGAUGUCUCUGUCGUCUGUCUGUCUUUUGACGGGGUGGGGAACACGGAAAUAAUUACUCAGUGGGGCCCGCCUCUUUGACAUUUUGAGAAGUCAUUUUCUCGUGUCCGCCGCAAAUACAGUGGUCAGCUAGGCCUGUCGCGAUAACAAAUAUUAGUGUGCGAUAAUUAUUCUCAUAAAGUAUUGCGAUAUGCGAUAUUAUUGCGCCCCCCCAAUUUUUUUUUUCAACCAAUUUACAAUAACACAGUGAGAAUACAGUAUACAUUCAUAGAUAAAUUCAAAAAUACUUUUUAAGAAAUCACAACUAAAAACAAUAGACCAUGCCUCUUAAGUAAAAAAAGACAACAAUAUUGAUACCGCACAGCACCACAGAAUAAAUAAAAUGUGUUAAAAAAAAAAAAAAUUAAAAAAAAAGAGAGAGGAAAAAAAAUUGCACUUAAUAACUUAAGCAUUUAGGCAAAUGAAAACUUUUCCCCGUCAUAACUUCUGCAAUGGUGUUCCAUAGGGAUGCAACAUACAGUUAAGUCACGGUUCGGUACGAUUUUUGAUACGGGGUCACGAUUUUCGAUCCGAUUCAAUACAUUUAAUGCUCUGUAAAAAAAAACCCAAAAAAAACCAAUUUUUUGUUUCGUUUUUUUUUUUUUUUUUUUUUUGCUAGCGAGCAAAAAUUAAAUUGCCAUCAUAUAAACAUGUAUUUUAGUGCAUAAUAUUUACUGUAUGUGCUUACUUCUUACUGAUCUGAAAAAUGUUUGUACAAAAGAGCUGAGAACAAUCUUUACAGUUGGUAAAGUGAGGCAAGGCACACUGUUGAUUGCUACAGCUUUCUUAACAGCUAAGUUUACUACAUGAGCAAGACAUCCUAUUUGUUGUCCUAAUCCAUCUGUGUCACGCACUGAAAUAACAAUAUUUGCAACAUUAUCUAUAGUCACUGGUAUGGAAUGAUUUGGCCUUCUUAACUUCCAUUCAGUCAUGUCAGUUUAGAAUUCAUCGAUGUACUAUAUUGACUACGUAACCCAUAAUCAAUCUGUGCUCACAUAGCCAAUGGCAUGGGAUGUAGCACAUCUAGUGUGCCAUUUCAUGAUAUCUAGUGUGUGCGCGCAUUAAAAAAGUUAACAAGCGCCGCUGAAGUCACGUCUGCUCAUUACUACACAACACCAGCAUAUGACACAGCGCUCUUAAUUUCAUUCAGCUGUUUAUUGUCAAAGCGAGGUUGUUCGUAGCAGCCUAGUCUGUAACAAUGUUUUGGCGGACUUCGUUGUAAAUAUCCGGCGUUGUGCCGAAAAACAGCCACCCGCGUGAAAUGUCACUCCUGACGGGAGCGCCCACACGUCAACGACACCGGCGCGCUGUAGAUGGUCCACAGCAGAGGUUGCGCUAGACUUUUUCGUUGUCUGUCAUUUUGACUGACGGUCAUAAAAAUCCGGUCAUAAUCUAUUUUUACCAGUCACUUAAAUUUUUAAAAUGAUGAUAAUGACAUUGUGGUGACCCUUUGUUUGGCAUAAUUCACCUUCCGUACUUGUGUGUCCAUUUGGCCGAGCGCGUUAGCGGCUACGACACAGUCACAUGACAGAGACAUUUAAGAGCCGCGCGCGUUCCGGCGUGAAUAGAGAGUUCACAGAGAGCAGCAGAGCUACAGCGGUUGGACACAGCAAUUCGAGCUAACAAGACUCUUAACAUUGUGUACCGCUUCAACAGUAUUUAGUAGUGAUGGCCAAAUGAAGCCUCAUGAAGCAAUGAAGCUUUGCAGCCAAUCGGUUUGCACAUGUAGCAAAGCCUCAUUGUGCUUCAUUUACUCUAUGGCGCCAUCAAGUGGUCUACUCUACAAGCCCAAGUGGUCAACAUUGUUAAGAAUUCAAUGGUUAUUUUAUUAUGACAAAGAUAUGAAUGUGCUUAUGUUAGUAAUUUAGUAUGUGAACAAAAUACAACAAGUGCUAAGGAUAAUUUGUUAUUCAUUUUUGUUGAGAAAUAAUAGCUUUCCCACAGUGGCUGGCUUUAAACGGUUUCAUUUUUUUGGACAAUAUUUCACCAGCUUUAGAAAAUAUUCUUUCACAAGGCACAGAUGAAGCUGGGGUGCAGAUAAAUGUGAGUGGCAGUUUAUAUAAAUUUGGGUAGGUAUUUUUUUGUGCCUCCCAGUACACCAAUGGAUUGUUCAUUCUGUUGAUGUUUGGUUCAGAUAGGUACACACACUCACAUUUAAAUUAAUGUAGUUCUUCUCCCUUACCUUAUUGAAAGCAAUCAAAUGAAAAUGUUCCCAUACAGGGGAGGGUCGCUUUUUUGCGCAGUUUCCAUCGCAAGCAAAGGACAAGGCUCGAAAAAAGAUUGCACUGGUUGCACUGUUGCGCACAGAUCAUGUAACAAGUACAGGAACCCGAAAUGCACAAAAUGUGAGAUAACAGGCGAUCGCCAUUGCGUUUUGCAACCAAUUUAUACCGUAGUCUGUAGCCUACUAUGUUUGCAACGCGCGCCGAACGUCGGAUCACUUCCGAAGCGUUCAUUAGAUUCAGCCGGCCGGCGAGGCUUCUCACGACAUCAUUUCCGGGUUCUGCCUAAAUGACACGCGCCUCGCUACAAGCUUCGUGGAAACACCCCUCCCAUUACUCGACACAAGCUUCGGAACCUCGGCCCAAUUUCGUCCCAUCACUAGUAUUUAGUUUUCAUUCAAAUUAAUAUUCUGUCCGAACAAGCUUAACAGAGAAUCCACACCGUGCCAUCACACAUCUAGCAGAUGAAUAUGUAACUUUUUCUCCGCAGUGACAAAAACAGCUGACUGUGGCCCAGGUAGGUAUGGAACAAUGAAAUUAAUAGUUCACCUGCUGUGGCCUUAACGCAGUCUUCCUCCUGGUGCGCAUGGACUUGAAUUGCGUGCCCGCUUGUGCAGUCCCUGUUUUUUCACCUCUUUUAUCAACACCAUCGUCGUUUUGGGGCUUUUUGAAGAAACUUCGGACACUCAGUUGCCUUGACAUUUUUCAGAGUAAAGCCAACGACGUCAUGCAUCAAGAGAGACAAUAGCUAAUUAAUAUGCCCACUCGCCACCCUGUGGUCUGGGGUGUGAAUUGCAACCUGUCAAAACGACCGAUGGACUUCAGUUUUUUCCGUCGCCGUUUUAGAAAAUCGGUCAACGACGGAAAAUAUCCGGUUAACGCGACCCCUGGUCCACAGUCACUCCGGAGCACUGAUGCGGCCGGUAUACGUUGAACAAUAGGGUAUAAUGAGAACGAUUGGCUCCGGCGCUAGUUUUUGCCGGACUUGGAACGAAGAUGCAUUUUGCGCAGUUGGUAACGAGGAAUCCGAACUUUUAACAGCACGUCUGCCGCACGCGCGCACGCACGUGCACGCGAGGCGAUAAGUCGCAGCGGAAAAAUUACCGCCUUCAUUUUUAUAUAUCACGCGAUAAAUGGAAUUAUUGCAUAUUGCGACAGGCUUAUGGUCAGCCAUUGGUACGCAAAAGCGUAUGGAAGCCGUUGAGGGCCAGCGCGUUUGUCUAUGUCCGCAUGCGGACCACUUAUGUGCACCCCUGAUUAUAAAGCAAACUGCAAGGCAUGAAGGAAAGCUUUUUCAAUGUCUCACGGAGGUGCGACAGACCUCAACAAACUGAAUAUAAGAUCCCAGAGGAGCCACUUUUAUCACAAUUCCUUGUACCUGUAACAUCCCCUGAGCUUGAUUUGGUAUGUUGUUAUGCUCUUGUAUAUUGAUGACAUACUGUAUAGCCUACCGUAAUCUCCCGGAUAUAACGCACUUUUUUUAAAUCAAAAUUUACUUGCAUGGUUUAGCACAAUAAUACCUAAUCCCAACAACAGUGAUAUGAUAAUCAACUUUCAUGUUGUGAAUAAUUGUUGUCAUGAUAUUUUUCACAACAAAUAAAAUGUUUUUUUUUGUACUAUUCGUCUAUUAUUUACCGGUACAUUUUUCUUGCCUUGUCGUCGCAACAUGCCUGCACACGGCGAUGUUGUCUUGAAGAGAACGUAUACGGCGAUCCGUUUCAUAGGCGUGGCGCAGUUGGUACAGUGGGGCAAAUAAGUAUUUAGUCAGCCACCAAUUGUGCAAGUUCUCCUACUUGAAAAGAUUAGGGAGGCCUGUAUUUGUCAACAUGGGUGAACCUCAACCAUGAGAGACAGAAUGUGGAAAAAUAAAACAGAAAAUCACAUUGUUUGAAUUUUAAAAAGAGUGGGAAAUAAGUAUUUGGUCACCUACAAACAAGCAAAAUUUCUGGCUGUCAAAGAGGUCUAACUUCUAACAAGGUCUAACGAGGCUCCACUUAUUACCUGUCUUAAUGGCACCUGUUUUAACUCAUUAUCAGUAUAAAAGUUACCUGUCCACAAGCUCAGUCAGUCACACUCCAAACUCCACAAUGGUCAAGACCAAAGAGCUGUCAAAGGACACCAGAGACAAAAUUUUAGACCUGCACCAGGCUGGGAAGACUGAAUCUGCAAUAGGUAAAACGCUUGGUGUAAAGAAAUCAACUGAGGGAGCAAUUGUUAGAAAAUGGAAGACAUAAAAGACCACUGAUAAUCUCCCUCCAUCUGGGGCUCCAUGCAAGAUCUCACCCCGUGGCGAUAAAAUGAUAAUGAGAACGGUGAGCAAAAAUCUCAGAACCACAAGGGGCGAUCUAGUGAAUGACCUACAGAGAGCUGGGACCACAGUAACAAAGGCUACUAUCAGUAACACAAUGCGCCGUCAGGGACUCAAAUCCUGCACUGCCAGACGUGUCCCCCUGCCGAAGAAAGUACACGUCCAGGAGGCCCGUCUGCGGUUCGCUAGAGAGCAUUUGGAUGAUCCAGAAGAGGACUGGGAGAAUGUGUUAUGGUCAGAUGAAACCAAAAUAGAACUUUUUGGUA